UUGCGUCAUGUCCACAAGUGACGUGGACAAGAUGGAGAGGUGUGUUCGAGGGUGUUGGUUAAGCUGCAGCGAACUCAGCUGCGGAUGUUGUGCAGUCGCCUGAGAAACGGUGAGGUGGUUCACUUAGGAAUCUAGCUACCUAUGUGCACGCAAGGUUAGAUGUCCUCGCUAGCCAUGGAAACUACAAUCUCCCUGGAUCAUCCUGAUUAUCCUGAUUCUCCUGAUUCUCCAGACGUCUCCACGGAGAGUAAGUGGACGGAUGAGGAAAGUCGGGAACGUCUGGAGCAGCUGAGUUACGACACCUUCUACAUUCUUCUGCCCUCCAUCAUCUUUGUGGUGUUUCUGCUGGCCAUUGGUCUGUCCGGCAAUUUGGUGGUCUUCCUCGUUUACUAUAGGCAGUUCCCACCAAGCGCCACGCGGGUUUUUGUGCUAGCCAUGGCAGCCUGCAACAUCACUAUCAACAUCUUCUGUAUGCCACGUCAGAUUAUCUUGAUGCGAUAUAGCUACUGCUCACAGGGGGUGACCUACUGCCGCCUGGUGGGGCCCAUAGCGGUCUUCCCCAUCCUCUUGUCCUACUGGCUGCUAGUGUGCGUGGCCUUUGACCGCCGAGACCGCAUCUGCCACCCUCUAAGCCGGCAUCUGAACCCGUGGCAGGCUACUUGUAUUCUGAUAAUCCCCUUUACCCUAACAGCGCUGGUUCUUCUCCCUUUCUUACUCCUUCAGGAAGAGGGUCCCUUUGACAUCGGCAUACCCGGUUUGCAGGGAAUUCGAUGCACGUAUCCGACUGACUACAUGGGUGUGAACUUCAAGAAAGCAUAUGGUAUUUUGCUCGUUAUCUCGUAUGCUAUCAUUUUAGAAGCGUUGGUCAUUUGCUACUGUGAUGUCAUGCUGACGCUGCUCAAGAACAGAGAUAAGCGUAUCUCCGAUGAAGCCAAUCAGCGUGACGCCCAACCGGUCUAUCAACUUUUAUCCUCAACGGAAUUGGCCUCAUCUCAUACUCAUAAAGAUGUGGAUAUUAAAAGGUUUUCUGGUUCUUCCACUGAAGUCAAAACUUCAAAGGAGACCAUUCAGUGUGAUGCAGAUACGAAGGUGAAGGCGGGAGAUGUCAAAGAGCCUAAGACGGAAGAAUGUCUUGUGUGCUGCCCAUAUCUUGGUGACCCAAAGACGAAUAAUAAGCCACGACAUUGGCAAAACCGCGUUCGGCCUGAAACGAACGAAACCAGUGUGAAUAGAGAAGACUACAAGGAAAGCUUGGCAUUGCCUGUCGUUACCAACAAAAACAGCAUUUCUGAACAGGUGCAAGACCAGGAAACUAACGAAAGACCAGAAGCAAUAGCUCAGAAGGUAUCUGAACACACAGAAAGAAGGCCUAGCUGCUUAAAACAUAUCGAAGAAAAUGGAAGGAAACCGAAGCUAGAAACAGAAACUCUUGACACUCCGAGUCUGCGGCAUAUACACAUCCGGAAGCCUCGGACCACCCUCAUGAUGUUUACUCUAACUGUCUCCACCCUUAUCUGCUGGACUCCAUACUUCAUCGUCGAAUUAUCAGAGAUGUCGUACGUGGGUCAGAAUCUCAGCUCUUUGACGAUAAACAUUCGCUUCCUUGCUCGGGUGUUCCCCAGCGUCAACAGUGUCGUCACCCCUUUUAUUUACAGCUUUUUUAGUCGACGAUUUUACUUGGAAUCAAUUAGAUUCUUCAAAAAACUAAAAAACUCUUGUUUAAGAGCUCUAAGACCUCAGGGAAAUCUGAAGACUAAAUAAAACAAAGAUCACGAUAUA